AUGAUCAUCGGUAAAGAAUUGAGAAUUAUUUCUCUUUUGACCUUAGAUACGGGGUUCUUCCUAUUGGAAAUCACCAUAGGUUAUAUGUCACAUUCUUUGGCCUUGAUUGCUGAUUCAUUCCAUAUGUUAAAUGAUAUCAUAUCUCUUUUAGUCGCACUUUGGGCAGUGGAUGUGGCCAAAAAUAGGGGUCCAGAUGCCAAAUACACUUAUGGAUGGAAGAGAGCUGAAAUCCUGGGUGCCUUAAUUAAUGCUGUUUUCUUAAUUGCCUUGUGUUUUUCCAUCAUGAUUGAAGCUUUACAAAGACUGAUUGAACCUCAAGAAAUUCAAAACCCAAGAUUGGUUUUGUAUGUUGGUGUAGCUGGUCUAAUUUCUAAUUUUGUAGGCUUAUUUUUGUUUCACGAUAGUGGUAGUGGCAGUUUACAUUCACAUUCUCAUGGUUCUAUGGAAGGCGGAAAUGACGAUUUUGACAUAGAAUCUAGUGCCACACAUUCCCACUCUCAUUCAUCUGUUCCAAAUGAUAAUUUAAAUAUUGAUGAAGAUGCUAUUUCAAGUCCUGGAUCUUCAGAACAUAUUGGUGAAGUGUUACCACAAUCAAUAGUAAACAGACUAUCAAAUGAAGGUCAACCUCUACUAGACCAUGACGAUCAUGACCACGACCAUGGAUCAAAGAAACCCCGUCACCGUUCUUUGAAUAUGCAUGGUGUCUUCUUACAUGUCUUAGGUGAUGCUUUGGGUAACAUUGGUGUCAUUGUAGCGGCUUUGUUCAUUUGGAAGACUGAAUACUCUUGGAGAUUUUACUCGGAUCCAAUUGUAUCUUUGAUUAUAACCGUUAUUAUUUUUUCUUCUGCCUUACCCUUAUCUCGUAGAGCCUCAAAAAUCCUACUUCAAGCUACCCCAUCCACAAUUUCCGCUGAUCAAAUCCAAAGAGAGAUUUUGGCAGUACCUGGUGUGAUUGCAGUUCAUGAUUUCCAUGUUUGGAAUUUGACUGAAUCUAUAUACAUUGCAUCUAUUCAUGUUCAAAUAGACUCCACGCCCGACAAAUUCAUUAGUUCCGCUAAAUUAAUAAGAAAAAUUUUUCAUCAACACGGUAUUCAUUCUGCUACCGUUCAACCAGAAUUCGUCUCUGGGGAUGUCAAUGAGGACAUUCGCAGAAGAUUUUCUAUCAUAGCUGGUGGUUCGCCAUCUUCAUCUCAGGAAGCUUUCGAGAACAACGGAAGCGCUGGCAACGAUAAAAAGAAGCGCUCCCCUACUGCCUACGGUGCUACUACAGCAUCGUCCAACUGUAUUGUCGACGAUGCUGUAAAUUGUAAUACUUCUAAUUGCCUUCAAUAA